CAUUUUAUGGUUACACUUUUACUUUUGUUUUCCCUUUGCUCUCAAACAAACUGGAUUUCUUUGGGGGAAUUUCAGAAGCAAAAAAGGAAUCAUAUUUUGCAGAAGAGCAGUGAUAAUCUAUUUAUUGGAGCGAAGAUGAAUGAUCUGUUCUCGAGUUCGUUCAAGAAGUACACGGAUCUGCGGCAGCAGACGCAGAUGGAAGACAUGGAGGCUGGGAAGGAGAGUGUUAAUCUAGACAAAUUCUUUGAAGAUGUUGAGAAUGUAAAAGAAGACAUGAAGGGUGUUGAGAGGCUGUAUAAGGCAUUACAGGAUGCCAAUGAAGAAAGCAAAACCGUCCACAAUGCAAAGACCAUGAAACAGCUCCGUGCUCGGAUGGAUACUGAUGUUGAACAGGUUCUUAAGAAGGUGAAAAUAAUCAAGGGAAAGCUUGAAGCCUUGGAACGAUCCAAUGCAGCUAGUCGAAACAUUCCGGGUUGUGGCUCUGGAUCUUCUGCAGAUAGAACCAGGAGCUCUGUGGUCAGUGGAUUGGGGAAAAAAUUGAAGGAUUUGAUGGAUGAUUUCCAGGGAUUAAGAGCAAGAAUGACAGCAGAGUAUAAAGAAACAAUUGAACGACGGUACUUCACCAUUACAGGACAGAAAGCUGAUGAAGAAACCAUUGAGAACUUGAUAGCGAGCGGUGAGAGCGAGAGUUUUAUGCAGAAGGCAAUCCAGGAACAGGGGCGAGGUCAGAUCCUGGAUACCAUAUCAGAAAUACAAGAAAGACAUGAUGCCGUGAAGGAAAUAGAGAAGAACCUGAUUGAGCUCCACCAGGUGUUCCUGGACAUGGCUGCUCUUGUUGAAGCACAGGGUCACCAACUCAACGACAUUGAAAGCCAUGUUGCUCAUGCCAGUUCAUUUGUAAGGAGAGGUACAGAGCAGCUGCAGGAUGCUAGGGAAUGUCAAAAGGACUCGAGAAAGUGGACAUGCAUAGCUAUAGCUCUUGGUAUUUUCCUCAUCAUCGUCAUCCUAUUCCCACUCUUACCAACAAUUUUGCAUUUCUUGUAAGUUCGACACAAUUUAUUCUGAUUUUGACCAUAUCCCAUGGUUAGAUUGUACAGAAAAUUUGGGAAAAUUUUCUCUCUCUCUUUUGAGAAAGCAUUUUCCCCAGAUGUAUAGUAUUCAGAUAAAAAUGGCACAAACUA